UCACCGAGAGACAGACUCUGCUCCAUCUGGGCUGAAGCUGCAGGAGCUCCCUCCUAGAAUCCCCAAGGGAUUUCACUCAAAGAAGUCUCAGAAGCCUGGGUCCCUCCUUGAAAAGCCCUACAGUCAGCAUGAACGAGCAUGUGUAUAGGAAGAAAGUCUUACAGUACCAGAGGAUGGCACCCAGCGUCUAUGGGGGAGCUGGAGGCCACGGCACCCGCAUCUCGGUCUCCAGUGACAUGGUGAACUAUGAGAAUGACAUCGCCAAAGGGAACCUGCUUUUUGGCAAUGAGAAGAUGGCCAUGCAAAACCUGAAUGAUCGCCUAGCAAGCUACCUGGAGAAGGUGCGGUCCCUGGAGCAGGCCAAUGUUACACUUGAAGGGCAGAUCAAGAAGUGGUACGAAACCAACGCGCCCAGCAUCAGUCGGGACUACAGCGCCUAUUACAAACAAAUCCAAGAGCUGCAAAAUCAGAUUAAAGAAGCUCAACGGGAAAGAGCUAAAUGUAUCCUGCUAAUUGAUAAUGCUAAACUGGCUGCUGAAGACUUCAGACUAAAGUAUGAGGCUGAGCGAGGACUGCGCCUCACCGUGGAGGCUGAUCUUCAGAGCCUGAGUAAGCUCACUGACGACCUCACCCUAAGUAAAACAGACUUGGAGAUUCAAAUUGAAGAACUGAAUAAAGACCUGGUUCUCCUCAGAAAAGAACAUCAGGAGGAAGUGGACUGCCUACGCAAACAGCUGGGCAAUACUGUCAACGUGGAGUUGAAGGCUGCUCCAGGCCUGAACCUCAGUGCCAUCAUCAAUGAAAUGAGGCAGAAAUAUGAAGUCUUGGCUGACGAAAACCUUCAGAAGGCCAAAGAAGAGUUUGAGAUACAGAGAGAAAGUCUUCAGCAACAAGUCACAAUAAACACUGAAGAGUUAAAAGAAUCUGAGGUUCAACUAAAGGAGCUGAGCCGGACCUACCAGAUGGUGGAUAUAGACCUCAAGUCUCAACUCAGUCUGAAAGACUCUUUGGAGCGUACACUGCAGGCUACCAAAGAUCGUUAUAGUAGCCAGUUGGCCGAGAAACAGGCAAUGUUGAACAGCCUAGAGGCCCAGCUGAUGCAGAUUCGGACUGACGCAGAGAACCAGAACAGAAAAUACAAUGAUCUCCUCGGCAUAAAGACCCGGCUUGAGCAGGAAAUUGCUACUUACCGUCGCCUUCUGGAAGGAGAAGAUAUAACAACUACAGAAUUUCAGUUAAGCGCGGUGGGGGAGAGAGAGGUAAAGAAAACCAGGGUGAUUAAGACAGUCAUACAAGAAACAGUGGAUGGCAAGGUUGUGUCAUCUGAAGUCAAAGAGAUGAAAGAAGAUAUAUGAACACGUGCCAGAAGGAGAUGCUGCUGAGGUUUUGAAAGAAAUGUAGCUAUAAUUUUUGCUCCCUGCAAGAAAGCGUCCAUCAGAAAGCACCGUUAAUACUUUCUAAUGAUUACAGGAGAAAAAAAAAAAAAGUCCAUUUAUCAGUCUCUGUAAUUGAAUAUAAAUGUUUUACUCAAAGGAGCUUCAAACUGCCUGCAAAAAUGAAAUUCAAUGAGCAUUAGGACAUUUAAAAUAUCAUUACUGCCAUCUUUACCACGAAACACAUUAA